AUGACAAGGACCAUUACUUCCAGAGAGAUAAGUGACACAAAAAAGCUGAUCGACGUCCUUGAGGAGGACAAGGAGCUGGAGAAGGAGGCGUGUGCUGUCCUGGGCAGCAGCGACUCCGAGAAAUGCUCCUACUCGCAGGGCUCAGCAAAGAGGCAAGCACUACAGGCCUGUAGCAUCCCAGAGGGAGAAGAACCAGCAGGAAUUUGUUUAGCUUGCAGUUACGAAUGUCAUGGAAGACACAAACUAUUUGAGCUAUACACAAAAAGAAAUUUUCGUUGUGAUUGUGGAAACAGCAAGUUUAAGAAUUUGGAAUGCAAAUUAUUUCCUGACAAAGCAAAGGUAAAUUCUGGCAAUAAGUAUAAUGAUAACUUUUUUGGAUUGUACUGCAUUUGCAAGAGACCUUAAUAUCCCGAAGACGAGAUUCCAGAUGAGAUGAUCCAGUGUGUAGUCUGUGAAGAAUGGUUCCACAGAAGGCAUCUUGGUGCCGUUCCCCCUGAGAGUGGGGAUUUUCAAGAGAUGGUAUGCCAGGACUGCAUGAAACGUUGUUCUUUCUUGUGGGCUUAUGCUGCACAAUUGGCAGUAGUCAAACUAUCCACUGAGGAUGAUGGAUUGGCAUGGAAUAUUGGUGGAAUAGGUGAUCAGGAAGUUAUUAAACCCAAAAAUGGAGAGCAUCAAGAUAGUACCCUCAAAGAGGAUGUUCCAGAACAGGGAAGGGAUGUCCAGGAGCUUAAAGCAGAGAACAGUGAACCAUGUGCUAGCUCUAGUUCUGAAUCUGAUCUCCAGACAGUGUUUAAGAAUGAAAGCCUCAAUGCAGAAUCAAAAUCUGGCUGCAAACUUCAGGAGCUUAAAGCUAAGCAGUUUAUAAAAAAAGACACUGCCACCUAUUGGCCCCUGAACUGGCAUAGCAAGUUGUGCACCUGCCAAGACUAUAUGAAAAUGUAUGGAGAUCUAGAUGUCUUGUUCCUGACAGAUGAAUAUGACACAGUUCUGGCUUAUGAAAACAAAGGCAAGAUUGAGCAGGCCACUGAUAGGAGAGAUCCUCUAAUGGACACGCUUAGCAGCGUGAACAGAGUCCAGCAAGUGGAAUUCAUUUGUGAAUACAAUGAUUUGAAGACUGAACUUAAAGACUAUCUCAAGAGAUUUGCUGACGAAGGCACCGUUGUUAAGAGAGAGGACAUUCAGCAAUUCUUUGAAGAGUUUCAGUCAAAAAAGAGAAGAGUGGAAGGGAUGCAGUGUUACUGCAACUAGAGUGGAGAGUGAGGCUUUCUCAUUCAGGCCAAUGAAAAUGCCGCUUCCUAUUCUUGGAAUAAUAAAAGAGGUGUGGUUCGCAUUUGGCCCCCUUUCCGUCCUCUGUCUGGAGAGGCCUCACACUCCCUUCGUUCUCCUUAGCUGCAGUAGCCACAGUGUGGAUGCUGACUUCUCAGCCAGCAUCCUUUGUGACAUAGCUAAUGCAGCUCAUUCCAGAGACUUCUCCAGUAUACACCUACUCCAGUGCACCCAGGGUUAUUUGCAUAUGUUUUUAAAAGUUUGAUUUGGUUUUGAGAAAGCAAAUUGGUUUCUUGUUUAAUGAUCUGUUAUUUCACUCCCAGAUGUGUGUGUUUUGCCACAGAGCUUUUGCCUUCUAGGACCUCCUCUGCAGGCAUCAUAGAAGGCUCUCUUCCUGUCACCUAGAACCUAAACAGGUCACCUCACCCCUAUGAUCGUGGUGCCUUGGGUCAAAGCUUCCUCACACCUGGUCUGCUCCUUCUUUCACAUCCCUGCUUUCUGAGGUUUGGUCAUAGCUUAGAAAGGAUCUUAGAACUUGUUUUCUCUGGGCCCAGCCUCCAGAGUAACCAGAACUGAUGGUUUUCUGGUCUGAAUGUUCGUCACAGGUGGGAAAUUAAUGGAUGACAGUGUUGAGGAAGCAAACCUUUGUUACGAAUUUUACUAAUACAUUUAAAGUGAAAUUUUCUUUGAUGAUUCCACUGGCACUAGAAUUAGAAUUUCAGUACUGUAGCGCUCACAGGGCUUCCUGGAGAACAUUUGCCAGUAUACUAGUCCCUUUUCUGCUGCCUAGAAAACAGACCGGGUCUCACCCCUGUGAAAUCUUGGUGGUUUUUGAAGUCCUCUGGAUUUCUUGAUAUUAUCAGGGAUAUUCAUAAGCAUAUAUCAAAAAUGGACCUAUUUUGAUAUUCUGUUAUGAAAAUGUUAUUAGAACUUCAAUAAAUUAUUAUUUUUUCCCCUUGAA